GUCCCUCGUCAUGUCACCAUACAUGACGUAUUCAUUGGAAAAACAUGGAACAUGGCGGUCGAGGUAUUGCUAACGAAGCACAUCCAAGAUGCCAUUUUAGAAGCUAUUAGACGCAACUCAGUUCCACAGGAUCUUGAGAAACAAUUAUCGAAAUAUACAAAAUACUGUAAAGAAACGAAAGAACUAGAUAAAAGGAAGGAAAAAGUGGCCAUUCCAUUCAAGUUAGUCAAACAACUUUGGGAAUGUCUUCGAGAGAAUACCGGUAGGCCUCAUGUACGUCAUAAACAAAGUUUUUUGAGCCUCUGUCCAGGAAUCGAUUGAUUAAAAUGUACAAUUCAGAAAUUAUUUUUAUCGCAGGCGUUUUGUUUAUAUUUUAGUACUCUCUACGGUACGAUCUAUACUGCAAAAGUCAGCUUUUACUCCUCCUAUGCCCCUAGUGCCCUUGAGGAUGGCAUGUUUCUGCAAGGCGCAAUCUUGUAGCCGUUUUUUUUUUCUUUUCUUUUCUUUUCUUUUCUUGUUCUUUUAAAAAUGGUAAGAGAAAGAACUGAGGGGUCAAAUGACUCUUAUGUCUCUUAUCACUCAUCCCAAGCAGCCUAGCGAGGGACUCAGAUGAUAAUAAAGCAAAUCUCCCCAGGGCUCUUAGCAAAUUUACCCGUUUUCACACAUAGCGCACAGUAUAAAGUUUGCCUUCAAAACCUAAUGUAGGAAAACCACAUGCCCAAUGCUGCCUUGACGUUAGCUAGAACGUUCCUAGGCUUCUCUUUAAAUUUAUCCAACCAUCUUUCUAGAUCAAGAUUCAAAACUAUACUUGCAUGAGCUGCUGGCAGGAAGUGAAGUUUAUGUUGAACCUUUAAAGUUACCAGAAAAGGUAUGUUUAAAAGAUUUAUCUAGUUAUUAUACUGUGAAGUUACGCCAUACCCAGCAUCAAUUUUCUCCAAACAAUAUGUAAUUGAGAGAAAAGAUUAUGCAAAUUAAUGAAAUGAUUACCAAAUAGAAAGUGCAUUGAUCUUAACCAGAAACUCAUAAGGGGUUGAAACGUGUAACUCUCAUAUGUUUGCUUUGUCCUAUGCUCCUAUGCUCCUAUGCUAUUCAUUUUCGAAAGUACCAUAUUUGGAACGAGAAGAAGAGAUAACAGACCAAUCAAAUUUCGUAAACAACGUGAUGUAAUUUUCCUUCAGGUUCCCACGCCUGCUUAAAAAAAUGGCCAGCUAACGGAGGAAAAACUCCCGAAAGCCGAGAAAGCUUUCAAAGGUUGAAACCAGGAAUAUUACCGAAACACUGAGCAGGAUAUUAUUGCCUUACCACACCCGGGCCAAACGUAACAUUAUGAAACCCACUGACGGCCUCGCAACUUCUUGAAGUUGUCACUUCAAAAAACGAUGCCUCAUUGACCCUCUGCACAGUAAACUUAUACUGCAAAUAGGCUUUUAAAAUUCUUAUGUUAAAAUCGAAAAGUGUCCAAAACCUGAACCUGACAUCUUCGCAAAAAGUGAUGCUUGUAAUGAAUGUGAGAAGCAUUUUAAAAGCUUAAAUUAAACUUAGAUGUUGCAGUCACGAUCGUGUUUUUAGCUAAUUUUAUGACUGAACAAACUCAAAACAAUAGACAAAGAAGCUGUUUCUUGAAAAUUUUUAUUCAAAGUCCAAAAAGUUAAUCCUUCAAAGCAAUUCGGAAAACACUAUCUGGAUCGUGGAUCCGUUCUCGCAAGUGACAUUGGCUAAGCUCAUGGCAAAAUUCAACACAAAAUCCAUCUCAAAUCAGGGCACAUUUUGUGAUUUUUUUUAGCGCCGAAGAGAAAAAUUUAUAAAACGUCUAUGAAACAUUUAAAAAUACAUAAAUUCCCUUUUAAAAAGGUAAUUGUCUUGGCCAUAGAGUGCAAAAUGUACCUGAAAAUUCAUCAAAAACUUCGCUGCCUUGGUUGCAUUUCAAAACAGACCAUGGGCUCCGCCGUGAAGAAAACAAGGUUGAAUUCCUUGAAGGACGAUUUCUUGAUGAAAAGCUUCCCUUUCUCCACAAAAAGAAAGCUGAGCAUUCUUUUGAACUUUCAAAGUUUUAACUUUUAGCAGUGUAUUUUUAACCUUGAAAUGCAGAACUCUUGCCUUAAAACAUCUGCAUGGUGAUCGCGCAGCUGCCAUUUUGUUGAAAAUGGAUAUCCGUCACUAAGAUUUCCAAAUAUGGUCAAAAUGAAUAUUCACAAGCACUGAAUGCGAGUUACACGUUUCAACCCCUUAUGGGUUUCUGUCUUAACACAUAUCCUGUCAACUAAAUCUUUGUGGCAAGGAAAUGUAUUGAGAUCAGUCCAGAGAAGUUUACAGUGAGAACAGGAAUGCUCAAUUUUUCUGGUACCACAUUCAUACAUGUAGCAGAGCUCGAAAAUUUAUCAUCAUCAACAAGGAGGAACAGAAAUAAAGCAAAUUUACAUCUGGAACCUCUUGGCUAAAAGAUUGAUUUAUGUCAGUAGUAUGGAAAGGCCAAAAUGCAAACCCCUCUCUUGUGAAAUGUCCCAAGCAAUGGGAAGUAUUGAGAGGCAGCUAUAAAAUAAAGAAAUUAAUUAAUAAUUCCGUUAUUUAUCCUCUGCAGUAUUUAAAGCACCUAUGCUAGUGGGGUCGAGCAAAUGUAUGAGACAAAUAAUUUAAAUAAAACAUAAUAGGGUUAAGAAUCCUAACUAGCUUGAGGCAAACCAGCCGGCUAGUUACAAGCGUGGCCAAGGAUUUGAUCUAGUGACUCCCAUGAACAAAAUUAAUCCAGCCAGCAGUCAGAGCAGGACUUGAACUCGGGGCCCUCUGAAUUAAAAGUCCAAGGCUCUAACCACUCAGCCAUGCUGCAUCCUUAUGCUGUAUGUGAGGACUGAUAUUUCUGAUUUAUGACUUGCAUUUCCACUAACAACCUGCAGUUUUAUUUUGUUAAAUUGCUUAGCCUUGUCCUCAAAACAGUAUGACAAGUCUAAAACACCCGUCACAUUCUUUGAUAAGUCAGAGUACAUUCUAUAUAUCAAGUAAAUAAGACAGAAAGUGUUACCAUCAUCAGAUCAUAAUAUCCAAAAGUGCUUUUUUAGAAACUGUUUUAUUUAGUUUUUCAGGUCCUGUGAUUUUAUACAUGUACGAUGGUGCAAUUUUGCUCCGUUUAGCUAGGUCAAAUUGCAUCCAAUCACAAUAAUGUUUAAGAAAUCUUUUUAAAUUAUAAGACAAAAUGCAUACAAAUGUAAUCCAGAUUAUUUUUUAGUCAUCGCUUACCGGUAAUCUUAAUGCAAUUUGUUUAGUUUCAUACCCCUCAACUUUGGAGCCAAGUAUGAAUUUUUAAUUUCGGAAUAAGCCUUUUGUUAUUAACAAUAAUAUAUGGCACUGACUUUUCACUGAUUUCUUUUAUCAUUGCAUAAUUGUAAUUUUUACUUUGUACUAGAGUCCAGAACUCAUAGCUCGUCUGAAAAAGCUAAAAGCAGAGCAAGAAAGGGCAGAGUAUGACAGGAUGGUUGCAAAUGUUGAUAGAAAGGUGAAAAUGCUGUGUUUCAGUCUUUUUUGUUUUCAAUUUGUAUCAGUUAGCUACCAGUGUAUUUGUUGUAAAGUGAGAACUGAACUUCAACUCUUUGCUUUUACCUCCACCUACAUGUAUCCUUUUCAUAUAAGGCUAAUUGUCUAUACUUCCCAGCCAGACCUAUCCAAAUCUGUUGAACUGAUUGUUGGGGUGGGUAGCUCUUCCCAGUUAUUCCAUCUCUCUCUGUCCCUUCUCUCUGUCUGCCAUCAUUCUUCAUUUCCUCUUGAAUCUGCCUGCUCUUGUCAGCUGAACUGUUGUUAUUCUCCACCUCCAAAUGGCGUCAUGCUCUGCUUACCUACAUGAGCAAGUGUAGGCAAGGUAUUGGACAGUCGAGUGGUUCUAAGAAAUUUUUUUUUUAUUACUUAAGGUGGCUUGAUUGUUUUUCAGGGUCAGUACCUCUCAAGUUUGAGCAUAAACUACAUCACCAUUAACAAAGAUUUGGAAAAACUACCACCAUAGCUGUACAGAGUAUUAGAUAAAGAUGAAAAUUUGUCAUGAUCAGGGUUGCAAUGACAUCGGAGUUGUCAUAGCAAUGAAGUGAUGCCAUUACCUAUUUUACUUGCAGCUGUAUUUCUCACCACUGGGAACUAAUCUUCCAAAUUGUUCAUGGGAACUUUUUCUUCCAAUAGCCGUCUCGAUUUUCGUGAAGUUUAAGUAAGCAAAAUCUGUAAGAGCGUUAUUGAGAUAUUUUGGGAUGAACUUUUUAUGGUUAGUACAUGUAAUGUGUUAAAAACUGGACAAUAUUAAUGUUCGGUCGUUGUCUGCAGGAAACGAAGUGUUUUUGAAAUGCAAUUAUUUCACCUCAUAGUUAAUUUAUUCUUUUUAAAAACACGUGAAAGAUCAUGGAGAUAGCUCUCAGCCUCUGGCCGAUUGCUAGAAAGAAGCUGGAUUUGGUUAGUGUGUGUCAAGGCGCUCUUGUUGGCGGUUUUGUAAAUAUUUUGGUCUACUUAAACAAAUAGACAAAUCAUUUUUAAACCGAUUCUCAAGAUUAACCGUCAUUUUCUUUUUUAUCAGAAAUUUUGUGUUUACAAGUGAGAGCUUCUCAUUAUUCAGGGUAUGGUCUCCAAGUUUCAUAUUUUUGUGGACAACAAUAGGCAACAUUUCUGCGUAUAUAAUUUGUUAUUUACUGCUGUUCACGUGAAAAUGAAACUUUCAAAUUUUCAACUUUAUCUAAAACAGCUGCAGUGGUAAUUUUUCCAAAUCUUUGUUAAUUGUGACAUAGUUUAUGCUAAAAAAAAACCCUAUCAAGCCACCUUAAGGUUUCUGAAAUUUGGUCAGAUGGGAGAGUGCAGGUGAUUGGUGCACCACCUACAACAUUGUAACCUAACAAUUACAACUACAAAAACAUUUCUCUUGUGGAAAAAAAAAAACACAUACAAACACAUCUAGAUGUCCACUGGUUGUUUUAAUCUACUACUCUUAAGCCCUGAACAUGCCAACAGAACAUGUAUAGUUGAAAACCAUUAACACAAGAAGGACUCCUUGUUAUCAUUUUAAUGAAAAUAAAAUAUGUUAUUUUGCUGUUUUAUUUACUACAGUGGCACCAAAGUAAUGGAAUGCAACUGGGACAGGAAGGUGGGUGUCACUGAUUGUAGUGUAUUAUUUGUAUUUUUCUGAUGAAAGUGAAAGUGUCUUGGCACAAAAGAGCACUUAUAGCCAAAACUCUAGGGUAUUUGUAAGCAGGUACUUAGGCUUUUUGAGGGAGGGGCGAGGGGGGUGGUGGCUGCAGGGGUAUGUAUGUCUCUAUUCUGAAUUUUAAUGGUGGACAUUUCAUGUAUUGAAGAGAAGGCCAUGUCUUUUUUAAUAUUUCACUAUUGUAUUUGGGAUUUUCCUUGUAACUGUCUCAGUUACCCACCCAUCUUUCGUGUUGUUUGUUGCCAUUUCAUCUGACAGUGUUAUGUUGCUAUUUCAAGGCCAUGUGGCUUGUCAGAAUUUUACCCCAACAGGGCCUCCAUACUGUGUAUUUCACAUUAGUAGUUUUACUUGUACUUAAAUUUCAGUGCUAAGUCAGACUUAAGAACUGUUUUAUCUUAUUAAACCAAUUCACUUUGUCUAAGUGAAUCUGAAGUUAUUCAUUGCAAGAUGGAAAGUUGAAAUCCUGGGGAGAUAUGCAACAAAGUAUUAUACAGAAGAAGCUCUGCCCCGAGGUCCAACCCCUUACACUUUUAUAUACCAUUUUUAACAGAAAAGGUACCCCUGAAUUGUAUACCUUCCACUGGCAAAAGGUACCCUUUUCACGUACCUAUUUAAGAAUGCUGCAUCCCUGUUAACUGUUGUAAAUGAACCAUCUUUUAAAUAAUCAAAAAAAUGGCCAAACAAGGAUGUCCUCUUGACUUUUUCUCAGCCAGAAAAAAUCAGUUAGCCCUUUUAGUUCCUUUUACAGACCGAAAAGACCGAUUUCUCUCCCCUUCAUAUUUUUCAACUAGUGAAAUCCCUACCCUUUUAUCUGCCUGAAGUCUCAAAAUGGAACCCUCCUUGGGAGUACCACCCUCAGGAUUAAAAUAAGAAAUAUGUAUCCUGAAAACUGAAAACUUGCAGUUACUUGGGCUGGAAGGUUGACAAGGCAUGUCAAUCAAGGUUAAGCUACCUUGAAGGAACAGAAUUGAUUUUCUUUUGUCAAUGUUUACCUUUUAGUUCGCUCUGUCAGCAAACAGUUGGCCUCUAUAAUCAACUUUCUUUUGUCAAUAAUGGCAACAUUUGCAUUUGGUUUUAUCGCAUCUCAGUAUGCCUUUCCCUCCAUUGCUAUGGUAUGUAAUAAAUAAAUGGGUUGUGAGUAACAAUCAGGUUCAAUCAAGCAUCUUAAAUCCAACCAGUGUAAUUUAUGGUAUUCUGGACAGUCACAUAAAACGACACCACUGCAUUAAUCAAAACUUAAAAAUAGGGUGGUCGUGGUUGAAGUUUGCUGCUGUUGUUGUUGUUUUAUUUUUGCCUGCUAAGAAAAUGGCUUGUAGGGCUCUUAAGCUUAUCAUAAAGGGAAGCAAUGGAAGCAUAAAGUAAUCCAAAUAACAAUUUUACAGAAAAAUCCGGUUCAGGGCGAGUCCAAAACAUAAUCAUGUGCGAUUUACCAGUCUACCGUAAAACUGCUACAUCUGUUAUCAUUUGAAUCCAAAACGGGCAAAUUUGUGCGGCUGAAGUCUGGAACCGAAAAAAUUGGCAAUCGGUGUGUAGUAUUCCACUUGGCUUAACCAACCAGAAUGAAAGGACUUCUGAAAAUUGUUGUCCUCAAUUUUCGGGUGGAAUUUCCAAAAAGUGACCUUACCAUUAACCUUUCGAGCGGAAUUUUCAACAUCUCUUUAGAACAAAAUUUGAUAAGCACCCCCAGUUACUUGACGUAGAUGUUGGUGAUAUAAAAGCAGAUUUUGCACUGAAUGCUUCAUGAAGGCUUUUUUAAAGCAAACCACGUUUUAGGGAACCGUCAUUUUGGGACACUUUUUUAAAAAUGCACUCAUAGUUACGGGCUUCAUUAAUAAUAUUGGAUUGUGUAUAGGAGCAAGAUUCUGGCCAUGAAGAGCCAAUUCUCAAAUUGCAAAGAUAAAGCAAUCGUCUGUUUUAUUUCUUUUUCAGAGAGUGAUCAUAGGAAUUGUGCUGGCCUUCAUCGUAGCCAUUGCAGAAUUGUAUUUUAUGGCCAGAGUGGAAAUUUGA